CCGCCUCUUUCCCCAAAUCAAAUCAGUAGCAAUCUCAGCUAUUUCUCUCUCUCUCUCUCUCUCUCUCUCUAGAGAAACCCUAUUCUCAGCCUUCACAAUCAAUCAAUCAAUCAAAUCACCAAAACCCUUAAUUCUUCCUCAUCAAUGGAUUUCCACAGCCUCACAAGGAGAGAACUCCAAGCCCUCUGCAAGAAGAACAAGAUCCCAGCAAACAUUACCAACAUCGCCAUGGCCGAUGCUCUCAAAGCUCUUGAGAUCGUCGAAGGGAUGGAAGAGCUCUUGAAACCGUGUGAGUCUGAAACCGCGCAGUCCUCUAUUGCGUCGCCGGAAAAGACGGUGAAAACAUCGCCGGGUGUUCCUCCUCGCACUGGUUGCAGAACAUCUACUAGGCGAAAAGUAAUUCAAAAAGAGUCAGAAAGUUCACAGAUUUUGACUAGGACAAGCCGCGGAACAAGAAGAACAAUCACUGGAGAUGUGGAAAAUGCAAUGUUUGAUGUGCCUACAACACCAGCUAUGCCAAGCAGCCGAAAGAUAGCUCCUGUUGCUUCCACUCGCCGGAAAAUGGAGACCCAAUUGAAUGAAGAAGCGGAAAAUGAGAAAAAUGUGCCUGAAAUGCCUAAAGAAACGAUUACCCGGAGGCAGGCGACAGGAGCUUUAGCUCGCCAGAAAACGGAGACAAAGAAAUAUCAGAAAGAGGAGGCUUCAGUUCUGAAAGUGUACAGCACACGAAGAACGAUGAGGUUGUCGGAGAAGAAAAUGAUGGAAUUGGAGUUGAACGAUAAUGACAAAGAAAUGUCCAAGGAUGUGGAAAGAAUUGUGAAAGAGGAUUCGGAUGAUUUUGGCAAAGCAUUGGAGGAGGUUCAGGAAAUGCAUCAGCAGACGAUAUCUGAUGAUGUUCUUGUGAAGACUGAUGAUUUAGAAGCUCUUUCGGAUAAAAAAUCUGAUUUGUUGCCAGAGAAUGUGAGUGAACUGGAAGAUAAUGUUCAAGAGUGUAUAGGAGAUAACCAGGAAAUAGACGACGUGAAGGCGAAACCGCAACAAAUUUCCGAGCAGUUCCAUGAAUCAGACGAGAACAAGGAUGAUGAUGAUGAUUCACAGACAAAAUCAGGAAUGGGUUGUGAGAAUUAUGGUGAAUCAGUUAUUCUUUCUGGUGAAAAAGAUGAUAUCUCAGACAAAGAGGGGUGUGAUGAUUCUGGGUUUGAUACUCUACUCUCUGACACUGAGAACCCUACUGACUGUUUGGUGCCAGAGAAUGUGGAAGGAUUGAAUGCUGACAUAGAUUUGGGUUUGAAAGAUUCAGCUGAUGUCCUAUCCUCUGGCAGCAUUGGCGUUGGUGUUGGCGGUGAUGCCAUUGACCCUGUUAUUGCUCCCCCGCAGUCUUCAGUGCUGCAAGAAACCAAUCACUUGUCAAGUGAAGAAGCUGUUGUUGAUGAGGAUUUGGUGAGUGAAGAUUCAGCUAAAACAGAAUCUGAUGUAUUAUUGACUUGGAUUGUCUCUGAUGCUGCUGAAGCUCAGAAGGAGGAGGAUGUUGAGUCUCAAAACCUAGCCAGCAAAGAGUCUGAGUGCUUUAACCCAGAACUAAAUGAUGGUCAAGAUCUCUAUUUGGAGCUUGCCACCAAAGAGCUGUCUGAUGAGAAAGCCCCUUGUGAUGAUGCAGAAACUGACUUAGAAGCACAGGGAGUUCAAGAUCUCGAAUCAAGCCUCAUUGGUGAAGACAAGGUCUUAGGUGAUGAUGCAAAAGUUGAGUUUGAUCACCCUGAACAUUCAAUUGUAUCCAAGCAGUUGGAGAAUGAAGAACCUGAUCAACUUGAUAUUGAGUCAAGUAAUGAAGAUGAGUUGGAUUCUGACAAGUCUUCCAUUAUAGUAUCGGCAGUACUGGUAGCAAUUGAUGCACAAAUCAAUUUUGAUCACCCUGAACAUUCAACUGAUUCCAAGCAAUUGGAGAAUGAACACCAUCCAACUCCCGAGACUGUCGACUGUGGAGAAGAACCUGAUCAACUAUUUAUUGAGCCAAGUAAAGAAGAUGAGUCGGAUUCUGAGGAGUUGGAUUCUGAGAAGUCUGCCACCGUAGAAUCUGCAGUACAGGAUGCAAUUGAUCCUUCUGUUGAAGAAAACAUGAUGUUUUCAGCAAACCCAAUUAGUUCUCACCCUGUGAUUUCUGAAAACAAUACCAUUGAGCAAUUAGCAGGCCAAGAGAGCAUCGAUUUUGUCAAUCUGGUGGCUUCCGCAGACCCAAGUACACUUUCUUGUCCCACUUCGCUAACACCAAUGAAGAAAUCUUCAACUACGACACCAACCACAAACCAAAAGAUCAAUAGUCUUUUGGAUGAUGGCAAGGACAAAGAGAACAUUGACAAGAGUGGCAACAAGUUGGAUCUUACAAAAGAGAAGCCGAAGAAAGACAAGAAGGAAUUAAUCAACGAAAAAAGUCUAAGGCAGCUAAGGAAGAUUUUCAAGGAAAAGUUGCGGAUUAAUGAAGAGAAGAACGUUGCUAAGGCAGGAAGGGUAAGACCAGCUUUGCAGACACUGUCUGAGAAUCGUUUGGCAGCAACUGAAACUGAAGACAAAAACUGAGUGCUUACAUUGAUGGGGUGGGUUGUGCUUUGAUUGGGGGUUCAAAACCUUGGUUUGCCUUCAUUUUUUUUUUCUUCGCAGAGAGAAUAUCACAAUUUUGUGUUUUUUGUUUCUUUUUUUAAGUACUGAAAUGAAAUAAUGGUGACUCAGCCAAAUUUUUGCUGAUGAUGGGAUUAAUUGAGAGAUUUAUCAUGUUUUGUUCAUUCA